UCGUCUUAGUCACGUGACAUGGGUGUUUGAAUCAUGCUUCGGAGCAGUGCUUCGAAACAUCUGCGCUUCGGGAUCUCGACACUGUGUCGAAACGUCAGUUUCGCGUCAGCCAUCCCUAUGAAUAACAUGCAAUAAGUUUUAUUUCUGACUGGCAUCUUAUAAUCAACGCUGCACUGAACUACUUCGUUAUUUAAACCAUGUUCCUGAAUUCCAAGCUACAAUGCUUUGGCUCCUUUUUUGCGUCGUGGAUGUUCUUGUGGCUUCUUUUGAGGUGACUGUCACUAAUAAACAUCUGCUGGCAAUCCGAGGUCAUCCAGCUGUACUGGGCUGUGAGUUCACACCUGAUCCUGAUCCUGACCUGUCCAGUCUGGUGGUUACCUGGCAACGUCAGGAGGAUGCGCGGGUUGUCCACAGUUUCUAUUAUCAACAGGACCAAUUGGACCGACAGAGUGUAAAAUACCACAAUCGGACCUCAUUGUAUAUUUCAGAGCUUCAUAAAGGAAAUGCCUCUCUAAGAAUUGCAGCAGUUAGACCGAAAGAUGCAGGGUUAUACCUGUGCAUAGUGAGCAAUACAAAGGGAACAGGAAGAGCCUUGAUUCAAGUGACUUAUGGAGCUCUUUACUCUGAGCCCAGGUUAAGCAUCCAUGUAAACUCCUCUGCUUUGAAAGUGCAGUUUGAGACAGAAGGUUUUCCCAAACCUGAGGUGAUCUGGCUGGGGGAACAUGACCAGAACCUCAGCUAUCACCUGGAGAUCCACGGCCAGACAGAAGAUGGACUUUAUUUCAUAAAGAGCAUCUGUGAGGCCCAGAAGCCAGUGGUUAAUAUCACAUUUACACUAAAGAACCACCUCCUUAACCAGAACCUGCAGAGACCAGUUUUCCUCGGCUAUGAUGAGAACACCACAGACCAUAUGAUCAUAAUACUUGCUGUCCUCUCAGUGGUUUGCAUUCUUCUGGUUAUUGGCAUCAUUUGUUUAGCGGUGCAGAAGCAGAACAAGCAGAGAUCUUCCCUGUGAUGAACCAUGAGAGUUAAUGAAUGGUGAUAUAGCUGUUCUCAAAAGGUCUGCAUGCAUGUUUCGACUUGUUGUGUUAAACAAUUACUGGUGUUAUUCAUGAAAUGCAAAUUCUUAUUAAACUGUUCUUGCGUAAACUGAAAAUAAUUGCAAAAUGCACAAAUUAUACGCAAGAAUGGAUUUCUAAAUAAUUUAAUUUGACCGUAAGUGGGAGUCAUAUGGAUGUGUUCCAAAAGUUAUUUCUUAAUCUUUUUACAGCUUAUUUAUUUAUUUAUUUAUCGUUGUGCAGUUUUAUAACAUUUUUAAAAUAAUAUUGUAUAUGGAAUUUAUUUUAAACAUAACACCACCAUGGAUGUUUAUCCUCACACUUUUAAUUGUCAAUGAAAUAUUUCAUUGACAUAAGUAAUACACCGAACAUCUGCAUAUGUUUAAUUUGUACUGGAUAUCUUAAGCAGUAAUAGAACUAUGGAGACAAUCAGAUGAACUUUAAGCCAUGCGUAUAUUACAAAUCCAGAUCAAAUAUAAUUUCACGCAUUCUAAGCGUUGCACUCUGUCCGGAAACCUUUUCAAAAAUAGGUGUCAUCGUAAUUCUCUGUUCUCUUGUUUCACAAUAAACAUAGGGAAGGGACUGCCAUGUUGAUAGCUUUGAUGAAUUGAACAAUUUAAGCUUAUCAUCAAGGUGGACCAUGGACCAUAAAUAAUAAUAAUAAAUAUUAUGUG